UUUAUUUUUUUGCAUUAAAACUAAAAAUGUUCUCAACAAAGGAAUGCCAUGACCAUAAUCAACCAGGUCAUGUCUGUAAUCAUGGAAUUAGCGCUACUGCAGAGAGUUUGGAUGAGAUGGAUUUCAGUCGAUCGAUCCAUGCAGCUUGCCUCAACAAUAAUGCCGCUCGAGUUCAAACCAUCCUUUCCAAGACGAUAAGAGGAGGAAUUUCGCCUGCUAAUGCCUUAGAUCCUGCGGGGUAUACAGCCUUGCAUUAUGCUAGCCGUGCGGGAAACAAGGAGAUCUGCUCACUUCUCUUGAAUGCAGGUGCGGAUUAUGAUAUCAAGACACCAGAGCUUGGCACCACACCGUUGAUGCGCGCGAUCCAGCAGAGCCACUUGGAUAUUGCUCGGCUUUUGGUCUCUUAUGGAGCGUCUGUAGAAGCCGUCAACACAAACCAAGAAAAUGUGUUUCACAUAUUGGCAAUAGCUGCCAAGAACCGAAUCAACAGUAGUAGCAAUAAAGGCAACCAUGAAGCCGUUGCGACUGUCAACAGGGACAUGGACAUGGCGCGGUGGCUCAAGAUCAAGGUGAAAGACCAGUUUGGACCCGAACGACUAGCGGAAAUGCUACAGGCUCGUGAUCUCGGUGGUCAGACCCCUUUAGAAUGUUUAAAUAUUUCAGAUCAAAAUCAGGAAGCGUUGUCUGCUCUUUCUGCUCUUUCUGCUCUUUUGACAGUCAACUAAUUUUUGCUGCGCGACACACAAAUCUCUUUUUGACAACCAUGAGUGACAGCCAAGUUUGCCAUGUACAUUGGCGUGACAAGGAUCUCAUUAAUAAUGAGACCGAAUGGGAAAUGGAAGAUUUGCCCGAUGACGAUAUCAUGGUCCCCUUAAAUGAGCAACCAGCAUCCGCAGAAGAAAGCGAACAAGUCUAUGAUCAAGAAAUGCAACAGAUGGAACAGAAAUGGACUGAUCAGGACCUACCAACAAUAUCUGACACCGAAAAUUCACAUAAUUAAACACAG